GACGAUGUGUGUACGCUCGAGAAACCUGCAUGCUCAAUCUAAAUCGACGUCGAAACAUGCCGCCACGCCGCGCCGAUACGUUCCCCGUUUCUCGCAGUCGGAUACGAACGUUUUCGACUGAAUAUUAUAAAUUAGAAUCUUAAUUAGAAUUAAUAUUUUACGAUUUUUAACGAAAAUACGUCGGCUGUACCGCGAUUAUAUAAGGCAACAGAUACUCGUAUCUAUUAGAUUACAUUCUAGGUAAAUGUAAACAUUUCGAAAUGCAUUGGGAUGCAAACCUUUUAUUGAGUGUUAUAAGUAAUAAACGGCUGAAUCAAUUGAGAAUUAAUAUUUUACAAUGCAAUACGCCUUUUAACGAAGCUAUAGUAGUUGUACCGCAGUUGUAGACAAUAGUAUACCGAUUCCUGAAUUUAGGAGAAUGUAAAUUCGAAGUUCAUUCCCAAAGCAAGUAGUCUAGUAGACCAGAACGACGUCACUGUGUCGCCUUUUUAAUGUCAUUCUGCUACUUGAGCUGCGAUUACAAUGUGCUUUAAAGCACAUCGCACACAUUCUCAUUUCCAAUUUUGAUUUAACGACGAAAUUGGUUGUUUAACUUCGUGUACGCGACGCGGUCGGGUACCAAGUGUCUCUCCUACCACCCCGAUUCGCGAAAUUCGCUGCACGCGGCGAUGUAACGGCAACGAUUAAACGGAUGCACGGACAGUUAACUAUAAAUUGUCUUGUCGAAGGUCGGCGCCGCGCGGAAACGAUCUUGCGUCGUCUUCUUCAUCGCGUUAACGUCCGGCGUGGGCGGGAGUCCUCGUCUCGCAGUGCUCUCGGACGAGGUAGACACUGACGUCGCGAGAUCGGAGAACGAACUUUUUAGAGGCGACCAGAAGGAAAAAAAUACGAUUCGUCGGCUUAACAAGCCUAUCCCGGCAAACAAUCGUGCGGUCAAACAAUAGGUUUAUCGCGCUUUCAGAUACACGGAUUAAAGAUCAAGAUUAAGAUCGAGAUUAAUCGAUACGUGCGCGCGCGCGCGCGCGCAUGCACACGAAAUGUAGAUUAUCUGGCGAAGUGACAGUGAGAGUGGUAUAGUCGCGCGACUACGUAGAUCAUUUUCGUGGACGAUUCGUUACGGAUAAAUAUCGCGUCCUCGGUCUAAGGAACGAAAAAGCCUCGUGAGCGGGCGCACAACUGACAGAGGACGGAGGACGAUCCGACUCAUCGGGUUCAACGGCUAGACAACCGCGGACAUCUAACCGCUCUGUGCUCCAAUAUCGUUUUGUCCGCACGGCGACUGUCUCGUUCAGUCGGGCGCCCGCUUUUUAUCGAUCUACCUGCGGGUAUCUUCCAUUAUGAUCGAGAAGCGUCGCUUAAUCGGCGAGGAACGCGAAAUCGGCCACUCGUAAAAGCAGUGUUUUCUUUCUCUUCGUCGCCGUGCAGUGCAGUGAAAUUCUAAGUCCUGCUAAGGAGCGAUCUUGACUUCUCGCAGUGCCUAUAUAAGGAUUGUAAAGGGGUCAUGGCUGUGAAAGAGUGGUUCAGGAGGCUACAGCCGGUGCAACUGUACCUGGUGCUGUUCUUCACCACGGCUUUCUUCCUGGUCGAGAUCGUCGCCAGUCACAUUACGCACUCGUUGACCCUGCUCCUCAACGCUUACCACAUGCUUUGCAACAUUGUGGCACUCGUCGGCUGCAUCGCCUCGAUCAAGUACAGCUAUCGGGAAAGAUACAGCAAUAGCAAUUGCAGUUCACUGGGAAACUCGUCCAUCUGCAUUAACGGCGAGGAACAGGGUUCCGUCACGUCCUUAUCAACGAAGACGAAGGAAUCAUGGUCGGACAGAAGAAUGAAAAACACCUUUGGAUGGGCUCGUAUCGACAUAGUUACGAUGCUCGUCUGCUGCGUCUUCCUCGCAUCUUUUUGUAUCUCUUUGAUCAUGGAGGCACUGCAGACACUAGUCCACAUCGAUCACCUGGAUGAGAUGCAUCACCCAUUGCCGGUGCUGUGCAUCGGCGUUUCCGGGAUACUUCUGAAUGCCUUCUGCUACAUUUUAAUUGGAGGAUUUACGUUCAAUCAGGGCAUUUUCUUGCACGUCACGAAAAGUGGUGACGUAAUAUUACGCAGAAAUGUGAGUUCGCUAGAGACAAAGGAUGGUGAGCAACGAUUAUCAGCACAGACCAGGCGCAGUCCGCUGGCGACACCAAAAAGUGAAGGCUUGAGAGAAAUAUGUCGAGACAUUCUCGGAUGUGUUAUCGUCAUAUUAGUGUCAAUCUUAGUCUAUUUUACGGAUUCGGAUGUAGCCAAAUACAUUGACCCGAUCUUCGCCAUUAUUUCAUCAAUUUCGCUAUUCGUUCUUUGUUAUCCAUACAUGAAAGAAUCGGGACUAAUAUUACUGCAAACAAUUCCAAAUCACAUUAACAUUGAUUCUCUUAAAAAAAAAUUGUUGGAAGCCUUUCCGGGUAUCGUAAACGUCCAUGACUUACACGUAUGGCAAUUAGCAAAGCAUCAAGCUAUUUGUACGGUCCAUAUUGUGUUUUUGAACCCAAUGGUUUAUGCUAGCAUCACAGAACAUGUUACUGCCUUUUUCGUCGAAAUGGGUAUUACGCAGGUCACUAUACAGCCAGAGUUUCACAAGAUGAAGCCGAAUACGGAGAAGACUGAUUGCCUGAUUCGUUGUCACGGGGAACAUUGCAGUUCUUCCCAAUGUUGCUCGCGUGAAAACUUCUUGGACGACACGUGUAAAUCAACGAGAGAUGCGCAUACCAUCAGCAGGAAGUACGAUAAAAAGGAGAUAAUACCAGCUGUGUGUGCGAUUAGUUUAGAAAAGUUUACUGUUUACAAGGAGGAAAUCCCAGAGCGGACUGUGAGCGAUCCGACGAGAGCAGAAAGUUCUACGCAUAAUCUGACAAACGAAAAUCCAUGUCACUCAAACGAUAAGCAAACACAAAGCACUGUAAGUGUUAAUUCUGAAACUGUUCCCUGUGCGAUAAGUUCAGCCGAUCGGAUAUCUUAUAUAAAUGUCGACGCCAAUCGAACAUCUGCAACUGCCGAUAACAAUCUGAACCACAGUGUAUCUUUAUAACACAGCGUAAUUCUCUACUUACCGUUCAGGUAAAUAAUAGUUUUAUUCGAUCCUUUCAAUCAUAGCACUCUGUCUUGCUUGAAAGAGAUUAUACGUGAUGUUCACACAAUAGACACCGCGAUAGUCAAGUCACUUUCAUGUUACAAACAAAGUUGUAGAUAAAAAUUUAUCACUUUUUUUCAUAAUUACAAAUUACAAUAAUCAAACAUUUGAAGUCAAGUUAGUAUUAAGAAAGAGCAGUAACUCUUUUAACAAAAGUCAUAUUUCCUUUUUUUAUUAAUAUCAUAAUGAUUCUGUUGGAAAAGAGAUAGUUUACUUCAAAAAGUAUUACUAAAAUUCAAACACUUAAAAAAAAUUGCAGAAAUUGAAGUUGCAUUCUAUUUUUUGCGGCAUAAAAUUUUUUUUGUAACAGAAUUUAAUGAUUUAAAAAGGAAAGAUACAGCAUUGGAAAAAAAUCACUUGAUAAUAUGUCUAAAAAAAAUCAUUAACGCAUGAGCCGUGAUAUACAUAAGGACAUUUAACGAGAAGACUGCAAGCUAGUAUUAAAUAUUUCUGUGCCUAUAGACAUAUAACAUAAGUCGUCGCAAUAAAGUUUAGUAACAGUCUUGCAGACAUUCGGAUAGCUUACGUGUGCUAGUUAUUAAACGAAUUAGAGGAAUACUGAUUCUAAUUAAUUGGACAAGAGUUUAUGGUCUCUUCAGUGCGGUAAAACAUUCCCCAAAUAAACGUGAAUAGAGCAAUGUUCAAUUGAUCAAUGAGCAAUAUUAUUAUACUUACUUGCUAAUAGAUAAGUAUUUUCUUAUUAUCAAUGAUCAAUUAUUAAAUGACGUUUUUCGUAUGAACGACGAAAAUUGGAUAAUUUACAGAAAAUAUUACAACAUUUUGUGCUAAUCAUUUAUCCUAUCAAUUUUUAAAUAAAUAUAAAAUUUGCCAACUUAGAAGUACAUAUCAGGUACUUUUAUAAUAAUUUUUUAAAUUAGACAAAGAUAUUUAAAAUGUCUAUUAAAAUUUUUCAUUCUUAUUAUUGCAAC